UCCGUAUCCAGUUCCUUGCUUUGCCCCCCCUCCUCCGCCCCCCUUCCUCUCCCUCCCUCCCUCCCUCCCCGAGCUGCCUGACGUAGGAAGGGGAAGGAAAAAAUAAUAAUUCGGCGCGCAAAUCUCCGCCCCCAUUCGCACGCCGCGAUUCUCGUGCGCGAUGAUGAUCCCGUGGGGCGGCGUGGGGUGUUGCCUCAGCGCUGCGGCGCUGUAUCUCCUCGGCAGGAGCAGCGGAAGGGAUGCGGAGGUGCUGCGGUCGGUGGCGAGGGCUGGCAGCAUGAAGGAUUUAGCUGCUAUCUUGGACACUGCAAGUAAAGUCCUACCACUUGUAGUUGCUGUCUCUGGGAGAGUUAGUUCAGACACACCACUUAUAUGCCAACAAAGCGGCAUGAGAGGUGUAAUCGUUGAGGAAACGGCAGAACAACACUUCUUGAAGCACAACGAUGCUGGAUCCUGGAUUCAAGAUUCUGCAGUGAUGCUUUCUGUUAGCAAAGAGGUUCCAUGGUAUCUGGAUGAUGGAACUGGACGUGUAUAUGUGGUCGGUGCUCGUUCUGCAGCUGGUUUAAUUUUAACUGUUGCUAGUGAGGUUUUUGAGGAGUCGGGGAGAACACUUGUACGUGGAACUCUAGAUUAUUUACAAGGGUUGAAGAUGCUGGGAGUAAAGCGAACUGAAAGGGUUCUUCCAACUGGAACCUCGCUGACGGUUGUUGGUGAGGCUAUUAGAGAUGAUGUUGGAACUAUUCGAAUUCAGCGACCACAUAAAGGACCCUUUUAUGUAUCACCAAAAAGCAUUGAUCAACUUAUUAUGAAUCUUGGAAAAUGGGCCAAGUUAUACCGCCUUGCUUCAAUGGGCUUUGCAACAUUUGGUGUCUUCCUUCUUGCAAAGCGUGCAAUACAACAUUUUCUAGAAAGAAAGCGCCGGCAUGAACUCCAAAAAAGGGUUCUUAAUGCAGCAGCACAAAGGCAAGCUAGAGAAGCUGAAGGGAGCAAUGGUUCAUCGGACACAGAGCCUAACAGUAAAAAGGACCAAUUAGUGUUGGACAUAUGUGUCAUAUGCCUUGAGCAAGAGUACAAUGCUGUUUUUGUGCCGUGCGGUCACAUGUGUUGCUGUAUGGCAUGCUCUUCACAUUUGACAAACUGCCCACUUUGCCGGAGAAGAAUUGACCAAGCUGUCAGAACCUUCCGCCAUUGAUGGUGAUAUAUGAUGCAAAAAACUGUCAUGGUACACCACGUGUACUGCUUCUGAAACCAAUUGAUUCUUGGAAGUGCGCUGCUGUCAGCCAACAACAUGAACUGCACUACUGGGACGAAGCAGCUUCAAUGAGUUUGCUUCUCGAACAGAACAGCGACUGAUGCAAGUUGCAAGCUCAUAAUUGGCAGUUAAGAUACUCUAGAUAGUGCCAAUGGGUGCUCUUGCCUGUAAUGUUCUACAACUGUGUACAGGACGCUCUUGUGUAAAUGCACAUAGGCUAGCAGCUUGCUUAUUGACAACACUGAUAAUGGUAAUAUUUAUUGUUGCCCGAUGGGCAUUUGUGCAAAGGAAUAGCAAAAUCAGCUCGUUUAGUUGUGAUAAUCGAUUUUUCUGAUGAUGAGUGGGAAUGAGAGGCGCCUUUUGGGGGUUUCUUUUGUGCCCAGUUGUAUUUGGCAGGAUCAUAGGAAACAGAAGAUUUGUAAUAUGUUGUAUAUUUUAAGGCUCAUUUUGUAGCCUGUACUGUAUGUGAAAACUCCAUGUUGACACAUUA